AUGGUAAACUCGACUUCUGUCACUUUACAGGUGCCGCCAAGACGUCCUUUUCGUCGCACUCCGGGACCAAAGGUCAAAAAUCGGUGGCCAGGUAAAGGAGAUUGGCAGCAUUUGGAAUAUGUCGAAUUACCAUUGCGCAUCGUAACGUGUGUGCCAGUGGGUGAAGAAAACUUGACGACUACAACGGGGACAAUGCACAUCCAAGUACCUGGCUGUGGACAAGUUCUACCUACACUGAUGACAGUGGUCCAUCUAGUCCAAGCUUCUGGUUUCUUCACCAAUGACGAUUAUACUAUGAUGGAAAAGACUCAUUACGCUUUGAUAAAAGAUUUGUUGGUACUUCCAUUUCCCAUUUCCCGCCCGUGGUCACCUUUUCGAAAAAGGCAAUGGGGUUUUGGUAAACGGCACAAAGACAGGUCGAGUACCCAUGAUAAAGUGAACCCAAUCUCUAUGAUUCACCAUGCUUGGAAAUUCCUUGAAGUCGACGAUCGAAAGGAGGUUGUUCUAACUUGUCCACAAUGGAAGAAAUAUGUGGAGUUGCGUCGCUUUGCGUCAGUCACAUCUCUCGUUUGUUUGCGGGAGGAACGUCCCAUGCCGUCGGCAGGGAUUCCGACUACCUUGGAUCCUCAUCGCGCGUGGCUUAAUUCUGCAGGUUUACUGCGGUUUGAUUUCCACCAUGGCGAUUUUGUGCGCUGGCUUGGUGGCGAAUAUGUCAAUCAAGGUCGGGAUUUCAAUGCCGAAUGGGAUAUUAUCGAAAAGACGAUGGAUGGCAAGACCGUUCCAAAGGAAUAUCCUCCCGUGAAAUUUGACAUGGCGUACCGUAUUCAAACUGAGGGAGUUCCACUACGUGCAAACUAUACAACUCCAAUGGAAGCUACUAUCUUACGCAAUGCCUACGAUAACCAUCCUGCAGUAUCCGCGAACAUGGACAAGGUCGAGGAGAAAUUUGCGAAGGAAGAGUGGAAGGCAUACCAUAUCCACUAUCUUCGUUUUGUCUAUGAAUUCAUACCUGGGCUCGUGAUCAAUCCUAUUCAGUGGGUUUUUGACAAAGGAAAAGGUCGCAUUUGCAUCGAUUGCUCCAAUGGUCCGGAUAAGGACGGUUCAGUGAACACGCACAUCCCAAAGCCAAAGGAAAACCUGGAAUUGGAAUGCCCUCCUGUUUUCUAUCAGUUUGCAUUUAACCGGUUUUUGCGACAUUUGUUGCGCAUGCGAGUUACGCGACCGAACAGUCCCAUUCUGGUUCAUGCUGAUGACAUUGAAGCUGCUUUUCGACGUGUAUUGUACCAUCCUGAUGUUGCUGUGGCAUUCGCUUAUGUAUAUUCCGACUAUCUGAUUGUCCCGGUGGGUCAAGUUUUUGGUUCACGCAAUGCACCGUCCUUCUAUUGCGUCUUGGCCGAUUUGCGUGAAGUUCUUUCUGCAUGUCGGGAGGAUGUGCCUGUUGAAGCUUUACACAGUCUGGUACAAGAAUGUGAUUUGGAAGUGCACCAAGAAUCAUCUUUGAUGACUGUCCCAUCUGAUUCCCAUUAUCCUCCUCUCUCUACUGACGAAUUGUCACGGAUGUACAAUGCCAGUUAUGUGGAUGACAAUGCGGUGGCAGCGUUUCUUGAUGCAAUUGAACAAGCCGUUCAUCACAGUGUGAUGUCAGCAUUUGAGGUCUUUGGAUCCGAUUUUCGAAGAGGUCAUCCCUUGCAACAAGCCAAGUGGGUAAAGACAGUUUCGGAAUCUUUCGUGUUCUUGGGUUUUCGGAUUGACACUCAUGAUAUGACUGUCUCUUGGCCUCUCGAUAAGCGUCAAGCUUUACACGAUUUCUUAACUGAUGUGCUGGCAAAACCGAUCAAGUUUGUCACUCCACGCGAGAUGGCCCGAAUUGUGGGCAUUGUACGAUCAGCCUCAGCCAUUGCUCCAUGGGGAACUUUCCUCAGUUUCAAUUUACAGAAUGCCCUAACAGCGGCGGCUAAGAAUGCCUUCUCUGAUAAACGAAAAUGGUGGACCCGUUCGAGAAUUUACCUCUCGACAGUAGCUGUAGCUACCAUCAAUCAACUACUUGAAACACUGUUUGCUCAAAUCUAUGAAUCGACAAUUAGCAACAAGACCCAAGGGAUUGGGUGUCAUGCAACGGGAACAGUAGAAUUAAAUACUGGCACCCUUGGCAAAUCUGCCUUAGGCAACCAACGUGGUUGCCUUGCCUUUCAAGGCACCAAGUUCAUUGUACCAUGGUGUUCUCGACCGUUUGUUCCAUGUAAUGGAAAGUCCUACACGCUCCAUAUCAUCAAUAAAGACUCUGGCAACAGACCUAAAUAA